AUGCUCAAGAUUAAACGAGAUACCCCCCUUUUGCCUGAAUGUCAGGGAGACGACGCGGGAGCCAGGACUCAGCGAGACAGAGACUCUGACACAAAACCCUCCACAACCAAGAAACCACUCUUCUGGUGGAACCCCCGGAACCCCCUAACAGGCCCUGGUGAAUCCACCGUGGUCACCGUGUCCUGGCUAUGGCAUGAGUUCCACUUCAAUCUAACCGGUGCAAAGUACAACUUGAAGAAAUAUUUGGAGCACAUGAACAACAUCAGAACGGCCACAUCCUUCACCUGCGCAUCAUUAGACGAGCUCCAAGUCUCUAAUGCGACUCGGAUCUUCCCACGGCGUCAAGAGCCAGUAUUCAGUGUUCCCUCUUCGACAUUCACCCAAGGCGUCGAUAUCGACCAAGAAAAAAGGAGCAUGAAGGAUUAUGAAGACAGAGCUCUCUCCAACCUUCACCAGAUGGACGAGAUUCUUGAUUUAAUUGAGAUGGUUCCUGAGCCCGAUGAGCCCCUCGUACCGAUAGAUAUGACCAUAUGGACAGUCGUGUUUUUAUAUUUUGCGGCGACAAUCCCUUUCCAGCCUCUGGCCCGCUUCUCAUUGUUCACCGCUUGCAUCUUUUCCCUUCACGUCCUGGAACGCCCUCUUUCAAAGUGGUUUAAAAGGUAUAACCUCGCCUGUGUUCAUCAGCAGGUGCGGGAUCUCCUGCGGGCUCUGGAGGAUGAGAGAAUCAGCGACAAGAACAUGAACGAUCCCGACUCGUGGCACAUGUGGGCUCGCUUGUGGAUGUUUGUCAAGUUUGACCGAUUCCGUUAG